CGAGCCCAGCGGCGGCGGCUGCACACACUCAAAGCCCCGCGGGGGAGAGCAGCAAGCCACGAGCGUCCGACGCGUAGCUCCGCCGCCUCCUCGACCAGCCCCCGGGAUGCGGCCUGGCCCGUGAUCAGCCGCCGACCCCUCGCCGUUCCGCGGCACCACUACCUCAGCGAUACCGGCCCGCUGCACCGCCGGGGUCCCCGGGAGUUCUUUGGAGAUUGGGUCCCGUUUUGUGGCCCUGACCCUCGCUCUGUACCUUGGAGACCCAGAGCCUAAUGAAAUUGCUGUUUCUCAGCUGUUUUGACCACAAAAAGGUUUUUGCACUGCUAUAGAGCGCCCCCCUGAGGCCGCUACACUCCCCCACCAUGUUCCAGCGCCUCACCAGCCUUUUCUUCAGCAACCCCCCGCCCCCUGAGGAUCCCGACUGUCCCCAAGCCUUCGUUUCCGAGGACGAGGAGGUGGAUGGCUGGCUCAUCAUUGACCUGCCGGACAGCUACGCGGCUCCGCCCAGUCCCGGGGCAGCCCCUGCCCCCGCAGGCCGCCCUCCACCCGCACCCUCCUUGAUGGACGAAAGCUGGUUUGUUACCCCUCCCGCCUGUUUUACUGCAGAGGGCCCUGGACUCGGGCCUGCCCGCCUCCAGAGCAGCCCUCUGGAGGACCUCCUCAUCGAGCACCCCAGCAUGUCUGUUUACGUCACCGGCAGCACCAUAGUGCUGGAGCCUGGGCCCCCUUCCCCGCACCCCGACGCGGACCUGCCUCACGGCGACCUUAGCGAGGAUGGGGAGCUGGCGCCGGUCCGCCUGGAGCCCCGGGCCCUGCACCAUGCAGCCGCCCCUCUGCCAGCGCGGGCUGCACUGCUGGAGAAAGCGGGCCAGGUACGGCGGCUGCAGCGGGCCCGUCAGCGGGCGGAGCGUCAUGCGCUGAGCGCCAAGGUGAUGCAACGGCAGAACCGCGCCCGCGAGAGCCGUCAGCGCCGGCCUAAGCACCAGGGCAACUUCAUCUACCAGCCGUGCCAGCGCCAGUUCAACUAUUGAGCGUCCGCCGGCCGAACCACAAACCCCUUGCCGACCCCGAUCCCUGUCAGGCUCCUCCGCCACAGCCAGUGUGUUGCUCAAGGGGCGCCCACAGCCCACCUGGGGCUGGAUGCCACAACCUCCCUCCUUAAGUGUGUGUGAGGUGGGCUGAUAGCCCCCUUUUCAAUCCCCUCGAUUUCCCUAUCUCUGAGUCUCUAAUCCGCCUCUGAACCUCUUCCUGCCCUUCACCCCCUCUCUCCUUCUGGCCCCCAUGCCCAACAUCUAACCCUUCAUCUCCCCUACUCUCUUUCCUUCUGUGGUCCCCACCCUCAUCUAUGCACUGACAUUCCCCUUCAUGCUUGCCCUCCUGUCCUUUACCUCUGGCCCACUCCUGUUUGAGUCUCCUCUUCCAGUCGCAGAUCUGGCUCUUUCCUCACUUUAAAUCCCUCUUUACAAGCCUCACCCUAUCUCGUUUGGCACUACAUUCGCUCCUGCUCCCUUAUUAUUCAUCCCCAGUAGUUCCCUCCCAAAUAGAUGGGGUGGGGAGGGGGGGCUGAGACUAAAGUUUUCUAUGUUUAGUUUCAUCCUCCCUCCUCCCCUGAGGGCUGGGCUCCUUGUAGUUGUUUAGGCCUAGAAAGGUAAAGUAUGUGGAAAAGGACUGUGAGAUGUGAAUUAGAGGGAGAAGGUGGAUGGAAUCGAGGAAAAGAGAGAGCCUAUUGGUAAUAUAGACAAGACAGACAGGUUGAGAAGCUGUAGGAAGCAGGGCACCAUGGGAGUUGGUACUGUGUGCGUGCUCAGAGAGGCCAAACCCUGCUCUCAGGUUGGAGCCUUGAGUCUGCCCUCACCUCCCUUUCCUGUAAUCCCAACUCCCAAAUCCCUUCCUGAAAUCUACCCCUCUGUAGGCCUCCGGGUCGAAAAGGCUUAGUUAAUACCUUGCUACCCUACCCCCAAUAUGUCACCCCAGGAGUAGAGGCUGGGCAAGGCCCUGCCAUCCUGGCUAUCUGUUCACAUGCCCAAGGUGCUAGAACUAGCUUAGGAGAGAUGCAGGCCAGAGGGCUUCUAGGCAGGGAAAGUGCACACCCCAGAGUAAGAAUGCAGAGGAAUGAUGCUGGGGAAGACAAGCUGUGGGGUGAACCUACCCCAAGCUUGACAGCUCAGCCUUCAUCUUGCCUCUGGCUUUAUAUUUUACACCCUGCCCAGGAUGGCUAAUAAACACUCCUGGGUAGGAGGCCAGGAGCUUCACUGUCCCAAUCCCUGAAUAGUCCCUACCCGGCUUCAGAGCCUUCAGGGGACUCUCCUCAUCUUCUCCGAGUGCUCUCUUCCUUUCUAGGCUGCUGGGGAGAAAUGGGUACCCUAAGGUUCCCCUCCCCUUCUCCUCCAGUAAAUACCUGGAGGAGGAAACCUGAAUCCCUGGGUGAGACAGAAGGAAUAGGGGCAGUCAGCUUUGCCCUUCUCACGGCCGGACUGAAUUUUGGGCUCAGACACCAGCAACAGCCUUUUGGGAUGCCCCAAGUUGCUUCCCUUUUUCUUGAACUGUCCUUUUCUAGUGUGUGCUCUUUCUUCCUCAAAACUUUUAAGAUUUCCUGUUACAUACUAACAUAGGUCUUCCCUCUUACCCCAAUUCCAGGUCUCACAGUUGAGCAGAGGCUUGGAAAUAACUCUGCAUUCCCAUGAGGGCAUCAGCAGCUGCCCUUCCAGACCCUGUAGCCCAAAGCCUCAUGUGGAAUGUGUGGGUAAGGGAGAGGGUAGCUCAACGGAUGUUGGGAUGGGGACAGAGGAAGCCCUGUUGGGGUUUCCUAUCAAAGGGAGUAAGCCAGAGCUAUACUAAAAACUGAUCAAAGCCCCCACGCCAGUCCACUAGGGCCUCAGUAGUUGGCAACCUUGCUUCUCUCUCCAAGAUUCUCCCUCAGUUUAUGACCUUGUCACUUUUUUCUUCCAGCUACCCCUUGGUCACUUCACAGCCAGCUUAGGGUCUUCAGCACUUUCAAGAGUCAGAACUUCCUCCAACUCUUCUUGCUUUAUCGCCUUUGUUGCCAGCUGGGGCCUAGGCUCAGUCCUGGGCAGUGCCCAUGAUCUUUCUGAUGGGGUAAGAGUAGUAAUAGGACAUUAGGCUCAAAUAUCAAAAGGCCCUUCCUUACCCAUAUUUCUGGAGCUCCUGUAGUUCUAGAAUCUUCCAAUCUCAUCACCUGGCUGGUUGAAAGGCUUAUAGGUUUUUGUACUUUCCUAUAGAUUCUGUAGCACUUGAGUGUGGCAAUAUUUUAAUUGUGUAUAGAUUUCUAAGAACCAACACUACUCGGUCUCUUGCUAGUCUGAUUCCUGAAGCAUCAGACCUCAUCAUAUUGUAUUGACUGUGUAUGUGCCUUUCACCUUGAGCAUGCUUCAGGAUUUUUUUUUUAAACCACAGAACUUGAAUAUAUGAGGGAACCAGAAUUCACAAAGUCCUAUGCAACCUUAGACAGGAGGGGGGUUAGAGAGUCUGUCUUGACUGAUGUUUUCAGAGACCCUGGAGAAGUUUGUUCCAGUUUGUGAGUAUUAAUUGUCAAUACUACCAGCACUUUGCCAAAACUGAGUAUGUCAGAGGGACCCGUUUCUAGAGUGAGUCCCAGUUACAUCAAAGGGCAAUUUACAAUAAUUCCCCAAUAUGUCUGAGUGCUCUCUCCAAGCUGGGUGUCACUUUCCAGCCUUUGCCAGUCUGGCCCCAGCAGGGUAUCACAUGUGUAUGAAUGCAGUUUGAUGCCGUUUUGAAGUAUGCCUGCUCCCCAGCUCCUGCCUGUGCCCUGAUCAAUUUGCUUUGACCCAUAAUAUCUUAGGUGCAAUAAGGACCCCACUAGAGCCCUUGGAUGCCUCCUCAUAUCCGUGUGGCUUUAUGUGAGGGGACCGAAUGCAGACACAUUAUAACCCCUUAUAUCUUCCUACUUGCCCUGCCACCUAGUUCCAAAUGGAACCAAGUUGAGUGCAUCCCUCUUGGGUGUUUUGUGUUGAGACGGGCUGAAAUGAGGAGACUCUGGUUGACCAUGUUAUGACAUGUCAACAGACUCAAGGACACAACCACCUCAACACAGUCACGUGGCAUGCCUGUGUAUGUGUGUAACAGGAUUCUGAUUGUUAGACUGUAAUGUUAUUCCUCUAUGGGAGAAAAAAAUAUAAAGAAAAAACAAAUAAAAAUCUAUUUAAAGCACAUUAUGCUUUCUGCCUGACUAAAGUAGGAGAAGCACUUUGCAAUCUUAAGCACAGUAUUGGCAGAAAGCAUUAUCAUCAGGCUGGCUUUGGUUUUUGUGUGUAUCAUAAGGGAAGGAAGAGGGCAGAUAAGCUUGCUGGGAACAGUGUGGGGUCUGGCUCAUAACUAACUACUUUUAGAGGAUCCUUGUAAUGUGAGACAUAUAGAGUAAGAUAGAAUAGAGAUGAGAAUAAGAGUGUGACGGAGAAUCACCAACUCAUCUUUUUGGCCUGUCAUUGGAUUAUGGCAAAGGCAAGGAGCUACUGAGGGGAAAGGAUGGGAUAUAUGUCUAGACAUAGGAGACACAGAAGGUUGAGACCCAGACCAAGACAAAAACAGAGCUCCAAGCAUCUGAGUCCUUGAAGGUAGAUAGCAGUUAGGGUGGGAGAGAAGCAGCUGGUUUGUAGACUACAAAUUUUUAUGUAAGAAUUGAGCCAGGGAAG